AUGUUCGAUGUACCGCCCAAGUUCUACGAGCUGUGUCGCCUUUGUUUAUCGUCGGACGGUGUCAAAUUGUCCAUAUUCGAAGAGGAAGGCGCCCAGCGGAACUUCGCCGAUAAGAUACUGACGUGCCUCUCGAUUACGGUAAAAGAUGGGGAUUCUUUGCCACCAAACAUCUGUCACCGAUGCGUAUACAAGUUGGAUGUACUGCACAACUUUCGUGAAGUGUCACACAAAUCUGAUGUCAUACUCAAACAGUACCUGGAUUAUGCCAAGCAGUUAUCAUCACACGAUGAUCAGAAGAAAUCUUUCUCCACUGCCAAAGUAGCAGGUUUAAAUCCUCUACAGUCAUUUCUCCAAUUGAACAAAACAUUGUUCAAUGAGGAGCCUAAUUCUCCGGCCAGCAUUAAUCAAAACGUUAUACCUCAGACUCAAACACAUCAUUUGGAGUUGUGCACCAAUGACAUGCCUGAACAUGAUAAUAUUAAGUGUGGACCAGAAGAUGACACGUGUUCAAAUAGCUCUGAUCCAGACAGAUUAGAAAUAGAAGAUCGAGAUGAGCAGGAUACUGAGGGGGAAGAAAAUGGUUAUGAUAUGACUAUUAACAAGAGAAUAAAAGUAGAAACAAACUAUGAAGAAUCAAAAACAAGUACCCCUAAUCGGAGUCCAGUAAAUAGAAUGGAUACACCAGAAAGCAACUGUUCAGAUACAAAUAUUGAUCAAGAAACAACAAAAUUAUGGCAAGCAUUAGCAAACAACAGGAGUUUAGAGAUUACCAGGACAAAUGGUGAUAAAUUAAAUAAUGGUUUUACUGGUGAAGCGACUAAUUUACUGCGUUCCUUGAUCAACAACAGACAAAUUGGUAUUACGCCGAUUGAUGCGGACAGAGUAUCACCCCAGAUUAGGUUUUAUAGGGACACCCAAGGGACAACAAUCGAACGUACCAUACCUGAUUGUUCUGUACUCGGCAAUCGUACUAAUAUCUCCUGUAUAGAAAACAAGGGUACAUCUGUGGAUAGCAAUCCGUCGAGUCCUGCCAGUGUUGGUCGAAAAGAGACCAAAGGUCGUAGAAAACAAAGCUAUCCUAGUAAAGCUCCAAUGAGUCCAGAUGUUAAUUAUCAACACGAGUCUAACGAAGAACAAGCACAAGAUUUUACAGCAUGGUCAAAUAAAAUAAAAGUGAAGGUAGAGGAUCAGAAACAACAAUUUGAUCAACAUAGUGGUAAUAUGACAAAAAAAGUAGAUAUGUCGUGUACAAAUUGUGGCACUAUGACCACAACAAUUUGGAGAAGGAAUAUGAAGGGGGAAAUGGUUUGCAACGCUUGUGGACUCUAUUAUAAACUUCACGGGGUAAAUCGUCCAGUUACUAUGAGAAGGGAUACGAUACAUACACGCAGACGUAGACCCAAAGGCGAGAAACCAACGAGGCAUAGAAAAAAAGGUGACUUAAUUUUGGCACCACAGUCAGAACAAAUGGAUGCAGAAAGUGCAGACAUGUUAGCAGCGCUUCGGCGACAAAUUCAACCCCACUUAAUGAUGGCUGCACUAACGCCACCGCAUAUACCCGGUGGCCAUCCACCAACCCCAACCGCUCAACUCAAUUACCCUCUUCCCUUACCUAGUUAUAUGAUGCACCAUGUGAAGGCAGAAGGGCGAGAACAAUGUCAUUUAUCUACAGAAACAGAAGAAACAGAGGAAGGAGAUGCAGAGAAUGUUUCAGACGUACCAUUAAACUUAGUUGCGACAUCGUUAUCCGAAGUGGCACAUUGAAAACCCGACCAGCUUCAGAACGACUUCUAUCUGUAUAGGUAUAUACAUAUAAGUCGUUAUAUAUAACAAGGAAUCUCUAGACAGAACAGUCUGUCCGGCGAUACACAGGGUUUAAAAGACGAGAUUGUUCUUCUCCUUUCAGUCAUUCACUGACUCUCGUCCAUAAUCCUCUUUUUUGGAUUGUUUUCUCCUUUAUUUCCCUCUCUUCCCACGGUCUCGAAAAAUUUGAGAUGGUAGAAUAUUGGGAUGUGUAUUUAUCCCUUGAGCUACCAAGCCCGUGGUGCAGAGCGCACGAAGGAACGAUGAUAUUAAGUACGCAGUAUUAAUUACGUGGUUAUUCAAAAUAUGUACAUAUAUAAUAUACACGAAUACGAAGAAUAUUUUUAUACAAAAUUUUCUACGCUUGCAGCUAUGGAGAGCGACGGGCGAUCGUUGUACAUACACGCGCAAAUUGUUCUUUCGGUGUCGCACGUAUUUUACGCGUUAAAAAAGAAUGGUGGUAGUUGUCUGUUUUUUUAGUGACGUAAGAAAUUUAAUCACCAGUGAAAGUUUUUAGAACGGUGCUAGAUUACUGUUCGGGAAGGCUUAGAAAUAAAGAAGAAGAAGCAAAAAAUGAUCUGUCACUAAAAAAUUAGUGAACAAAAUUUAACCGUUUUGUUCCACGGGCUUUUAGCUGUCAGUGAUGUUACAAUCAUAAUAGUCUCGUUGUUUUGCGAAAUAUUUAAUCUAAAAAAAAAAACAAACGUCUCAGCUAAACUUAAUUAGUAAACAAAACCUAUUUUUUAAUUUGUUUUAAUAACGAGUGGAAUCUUAUUAUUCACUAAAAAAAUGGAAAAAAAAUGAAUGGAACAGAAAAACGGUUGCACAAUGUGACAAAUUAAAGA